AUGAGAUCUCAAGACCAAAAUAGAGCCUCUGGUAGACAUCAUGCUCGCUCAGCCCCAACGCUUCUUCCCAUCGCACCACGCCCACCUUCGUCCCCUCCGGCGUCCACUGCUAUCCAACCUUCCUCACGCUCGGGAUACCGUGAUGGCCGUGGUUCUCAACCCCCCGACGUUGCUGCCCGUACCGCUGCCUCCACCUCUCGAGCUAGAGCAGCGGUAGCAGCUACAGGGGGCCGAGGCACACCACAAGGAGCGCCGCACCACCGCAUCGGUUCCCAUUCUACUCCGGGAUCAAGAUCGAGCACUAGUUCCUCCUCUAUGCGCUCGCCUGAGCACCAGCAGUAUGCUCUGCAGCCCGAUCUAAACCACCACGGAUCCCUAUCCCCUCUAGCUAUGCCCCUCGGGUCUUUCUCUCCGCCGCUGUGCUCUAUCUCCGACAUCCCCGGCUCAAUGUCGCUAUUCAGCCCGUAUGAGCAUCCGUACGGGAGUCUGGAUACUUCGUUCCUAGACGCGAGUGACGGGUUAGGAGCCGCUGCCUUCCCUUCUUUGGAGGACUUCGAUCUGGAUACAGCUGGAUUCCAGGAUGACCUUAUGCAAGGGGAGUGGAGGUGGUUCGCGGAAGAUCAUGAACAUAGUCUGAGAUAG